UUUAAUAAGAAUCCAACAAUAUUUAAUCUCUUGUUUCGUCGUCAAAAUUCUCAUAAUUUAUUUUUUAUUUACCGCAAGUUGUCGUAAUUCGUAAAUAAUCGGUGUCAAUUAAUAUUUUAUUUUAAAAUUAUUAUCAAAUUUUACACUUGCUAGGAAUGGAAGCAACAGGGGAUAGCACCUUGGAUCUUGAUGAACCAUCAAAAUGGGGACUGAAAUUGCUUCUCAAUCAUGAAUAUCCUCUGCAGACAAAACAGCUACUUAUACCAAAACCAAAUCAGAUUCUUGAUUUGGUGCCGCUUUCUGCAAGAUAUGUGAAGUAUUACUGUGCAAAAAGAAUGCAAAAGAAGCGGCCCAUAAUGGAUUAUUUUAAUACCAUUAAUGCUCAAAGGAUACAUGGUUGCCCUAUUGGUGGAAUUGGUGGUGGAACUAUAGGUAGAGGAUUCAAAGGAGAAUUCUGUAGAUUUCAGUUGUAUCCCGGUAUAUAUGAAUACAUAACUAUACCAGAAUGCCAGUUUAUAGUAAAUAUAAGAAAUGAACAGAAUGUAACAAUAUUUCAGUCAGUUUUGUCUACAUAUAACAAACCAAAGAAAGCACCGACGUCUUGGGAAUGGAAUCUAGACAGUUCUCAAUGUGAAUAUACUGCAUUGUAUCCAAGAGCGUGGACCACUUAUGACCUUUCCAAAUAUGGAAUAAAAUUAGUCUGUCGCCAAAUAUCACCGAUUAUACCUCAUAACUAUAAGGACUCGAGUCUACCCUGUGCAGUUUUCGUUUUUACCGCCAAAAAUGUGUGUAAGGAACGUCGCACAGUAAAUAUAACGUUUACAUGGACCGAAAUACCAGUUGGUUUAAAUAAACGCAAAAAUAAUGGAAAGCUAGACUUGGAGAGAUAUUCAGAAGAUAAUACGUGCGGUGUGACAUUAGAACAAAGAGUGUCAGACACUCCACUAACGUUCACAAUAGCCAAGAAUAAAUCGGAGAACGAGACAAUACACGAGGGUUACUGCUUGUGGAAUUCGUUGAAGACGUCCAGUUAUGUAUGGGAUUGUAUUAAGAAGAAAGGCAAACUUGAACCAGAUCCUAGUCAAACUGCAACUCCUCCCAAAGGCGAAAAUAAAAUUGAUGACAGCGAUAAACCAAAGAAAAUAUAUAAAAAUGAUUCCAUUGGUCUGUCGAACUCCAUAUCAUUGGAUCCUGGUGGAUGUGACGUUGCAGAGUUCUGCCUUGUUUGGGAUAUGCCUACAAUAAAAUACAAGAAAGACAGAAAGGUGCAUAAACGAUUUUACACAAAGUAUUUCGGUAGUGACGGCAUAGCGGGUGCGAGCAUUGCUGCAUACGCGCUUCGGAAUUAUAGGAGCUGGGAGAAGCAACUCGCAGAGUGGCAGGACCCAAUUCUUAAUAACAGCAAUAUACCGGAUUGGUUAAAAAGUGCCUUAAUGAAUGAGCUUUACUUUGUGGCGGACGGUGGGACUAUUUGGUUUGACGUCAGCGAAGACUUUCCUGAGACUGAUCCUAGACAUGAUUUCGGUGUAUUUGGUUAUUUGGAGGGUCAUGAAUAUAGAAUGUAUAAUACAUACGAUGUACAUUUCUAUGCUUCGUUUGCCUUAGCACAAUUGUGGCCUAAUUUACAAGUUGUAUUACAAUAUAUGUAUCGAGACGCGAUAGCUCUGGAGACCACUCAAUGCCGACAAUCUCUAUAUGAUGGGAAAUAUGUAAAAUUCAAAAUAAAGGAAUCCAUUCCGCAUGAUUUGGGCGAUCCAGAGGACAUCCCAUUCACGAACAUAAACGCGUACAACAUACAUGACGUGUCCGAAUGGCGCGAUCUAAAUCUCAAAUACAUCCUUCAAGUCAUGCGUGAUUAUCGUCUCUUAAGGGCCUAUAGUGCCCCAUUCCCCAACGAGCGUUACUAUUCCAUGGCGUACAUUGAUGACGUCAGAGAAGGCACAGAAAACGAUCUCUACACACGAUCAACGGAACAACCGGAUGAGAAAUCACCGGAUCUAUCCGUCGACUUAUCUCUAGACCCUUCACCCGUACCCAACAAGGAGGUCCCUGACAUUCUGGACCUCCUUUAUCGCAGCUCAGAAGUGGUGCAAGAGUGUCAGGAGAUAGAAGAUCCCAAAGAAACGGUUACGACUUGGAAUGCUAAGCAGUAUUUGAUGGAUAUGUACCCGUCGUGUGCGGCGUUGCUUAGGAAGGGAUUGUUGUGGGACAAGGAUGGUGAUGGGUUGAUUGAAAAUGGUGGAUUCCCCGAUCAGACCUAUGAUGCGUGGGUUAUGUCUGGACCUAGUGCUUAUUGUGGUAGUCUCUGGGUGGCUUCAAUAAGUGUAGUCCGAGCGAUGGCACACAUACUCGGACAAGAAGAAGAUGAAAGAGAGUUCUCGAAACUUCUGGAACAGGCCAAAACGUCGUUUGGUGAUAAAUUGUGGAAUGGAAGCUUCUACAAGUUCGAUACUAAGCCCUCGAAUAAGAAUGUCGUGAUGGCGGACCAGUUGGCUGGACAGUGGUUCCUGCGCGCGUCUGACUGGAACGAGGAAGUGUUCCCCGAAGCAAACGUACGGAAGGCACUUCAGACCAUAUACGACAAUAAUUGCCAGAAAUUCUUGAAUGGAAGAUGUGGGGCUGUCAACGGAUUCGUGACGGGUCGUCGGAGUAGAAUUGAUACCACAGCGCUGCAGAGUAUGGAAGUGUGGCCUGGUGUCACAUUUGGGCUUGCCUCGCUCAUGAUAUAUGAAGGUAUGCAUGAACAAGCAUUUGCAAUGGCCGGUGGACUCUACAACACAUUAACUAAAAUGGGCUUAGCGUUCGAGACACCCGAAGCUUUAUAUGAAAAUGGUAACCACAGGUCCAUAGCGUAUAUGCGACCUCUUUCGAUAUGGUCAAUGUAUCAGGCGAUAAUUGCUAGGCCGCCGCGAAUCAACCACAUUAAUGGUCAAAUACAUGGAAAACAUUUAUAGUGAUGCCACGGUAAAGGCGGAUGAUUUUGCAAAAAAUAAUGCUUUUCGGAAAAUAGUUUUGCUCGAAAGUGGAUAAAAUUAUCGACAAUAGCUUUAAUGUCACGCGAUGAGUCAUAGACAAUUGUUUUUGUGCAAUAUUGAUUUGCGAUGGUCACACCUGUCGCAGAGUUUGUAUUGUCUAGACUCUAGAGGACCUGGUCCUAGACAUGUGUAAGCAGCGACAUUUGAUAUGUCGCUUGCAUUGGGUUCGUGAUGCCUAUAAUAAAAAAGUGCCUAAAGGAUACAUCGAUUUAAUUAAAAUUAAUAAUAAUAUUUAAAGUCAUCCGCCUUUGUGACAUUGUCGUGGAAUGUUUUACUCUAAGUGAAUGUUACCCACGUGUCAAAAUGUGUAAUUUAUUAACACUUGUUUAGCACUGCACAAAGAUAUUUUAAACAAAUCACUUAUGAGCAUUCUUUACGUUUGAUAUUAAUAAUUGUUUACGGUAAAUAAUAUAUUCAUAUGUAAUUAAAAUUGAUAAUAGUCAACUACUUACUAACAUAACUACUUACUAGUCCACAAAUUCUGCAAACGAAUUAAAAAAAAAAAACUCACUAUCGUUUCUAGACUAGUAUUUUGUAAACCGAUUACCAAAACUAUGUUUUAUCGAUGACUCCUCAGUUAGUCGAUAAAUAUAUCGAACAUGAAAAUCAUAAAUUGAAUUAAAUAUCGAUCGUGAAGUUUGCUCCAUACUAAAUGCAAUAAAAUUGCGAGUUGACAUUACCACUUAUUGUGCCAUUAAAAAUGUUAUCUACGUGCUACAGCGAGCUUACCAUGCAACUUCAAUACAGCUUUCACUGCUUGACUGCAUAAUUUAUUAAAUCUUUUGAUUAGAUCAUCUUGGCGUUAGUAACAAUACUCAUUAUUGAAAUCGUUAUUAAACUCGGUAAGAGUUACAACUAUUGCCAUUAAAAAAAAACUUGGUAAGCUUGCAGUUUUUUGCAUAUCUAAAGUGUUUAAUUAAAUCUAUAGUUUUCGAAAAGUUGGAACGGAGCUGUGUAUUUCCAAAGAUAAUAUAAUCAAUUAUUUAUUUAAAUAAAACGCGCAAAAAUUAUCCUAAAAAGGCGGCAAAUUGAAGAUUUUACUGAUAUUUUAUGCAUGCAAUGCGCAUUCAAUAUAAUUGAACUAUAUCCAUCCUAAAUGGUCAAUCACGGUUCUUGAUCUAGUAAAAUAUUUUUAUCAAUAUAUACCACACCGAACACUACCUGUAAACGGCAUUAGUUUAGUUCCAUCCUAAGUAGGCACAUUGAUAGCGUCUUAUUAUAUUUCAGUAAUUAAUUUAAUACCCGUAGCACAAAAAAACGUAAAUCUAAAAGUAUUAUAAGAUUUUGUAACUUGUUGAAAUCACAAAUAUCCUUCAAAAGGUAUUCGUUUUAUAUCAAAUGUGAUUUGUCAGAAACUGACAUAAUCGUAUUGACGUAUACUUGACAAAUGAAAGGUUUGUGCUAAGGGUAACAACAUUUGAAAGUCGAAUCGGCUGAUGGAGUUUGCUUAGCCUGGCUUUCGACCAAUCAUAAUCGAGCUGAGAGAUUUGAUGUUUUUUUUUAUUAAGCUCAGGUAGAUGUAUAUUACCACCAUUUCUAUAAUCUAUAAUU